CAAGGUCACAGUGCCCCUCCUCCGCCCCGAGGAUCGAAACGUCUUUCUUACAACUUCCUAUCUAACUUUCGUUCACUUUCGACCUAAUUCUACCUCUUAUCUGCACAAUGGCAGCUAAAGUGCCCAGAAAUUUCAGACUGCUCGAAGAGCUGGAGAAGGGUGAGAAAGGCUUGGGAGCUGAGUCAUGCUCCUAUGGUCUUGCAGAUGGUGAAGACAUGAUGAUGAGUAACUGGAACGGCACUAUUCUUGGCCCCCCUCACAGUGUCCACGAGAACAGAAUUUACAGCGUCAACAUCCAUUGCGGUCCGGACUACCCCGACAACCCCCCUACUAUUCAGUUUGUAUCCCGAGUCAACUUGCCAUGCGUUGAUGGCCGGAGCGGAAAGGUCGAUCCUACCAAGCUGCCCUGCUUGGCUCAGUGGAAGCGCGAGUAUACUAUGGAAACUAUUCUAGUUGAGCUCAGAAGAUAUAUGGCUCUGCCCCAGCACAAGAAGCUCCCGCAGCCUCCGGAAGGCUCGAACUUCUAAAAUGACGGUUUCAUGACUGGAUGGGGGUACGAAAGCGGAGUAUAUGUCUAUGCAUACCGGCGGGCAUGGCGCGGUCUUCUUUGAAGCCUAGUUGCAAUUCAUCGAUUUAGAACAUUGCUCAGUAUGAACCGUGUGUCGCUUUUGUCAAAAGCCAUAUCUGCCGAACUAACAAGACCUUGUACCCUUGUUUUGGGCGGGUAUUCGUUCAUAUUUUCACAGCUUUCAGAAGCGACCAUACCGGCGAAAGACACUAGACCAUGAUCAGCAUAUAGAGGAAUAUCCGGGAAUCGGGUCCCUUCCGUCGCCUGUUGUAGAUCGGAUA